UAUCACAUUCUUCACCAGUCGUUCCAGAUUAACGCAUCUCGAGCACACUCUACUUCAGCUGAGCACCACGAUCAUGGGGAAACGGGAAGAGACACUACAUAAAAACAACAUAACUCAGCACCAAAAAGAUGCAUCUCGAAAAGCUCUGCUCUCUUCAAAAGAUAACUCUCAUAAUAACUCAACAUGGUCUCAUCAGGACUUGUCUUGCAGCUUCAGUCAAAAUUCCACUAACGUGAAUUUAACAGAGAGUGGUGAUCAAAAUUCGUGUGACAACUCCGAUAAAACAGAGCAAGUGAACUUCAGCAGUGAAAUUUCUCGAAGUGAAAAUUGGAUAUCUACUGAAAAAGAAGUGACAAACAAAAAAACCAAUGCCUUCUCACGUCGUCAGAUUAGUGUUUUAUGUUCUUUAGCUAUAGGAAACCUCCUGGUAGGAGCGUGCUAUUCUCUCCUAGCCCCAUUUUUUCCUCAAGAGGCUGAAAAGAAGGGCGCAAGUUCAACAGAAUACGGCAUGGUGUUUUCGGUUUAUGAAUUAGUGGGAUUUAUUUUUGCACCUGUUUAUGGACGUCUGCUCCCCAUCCUCAAGGCUAAAUUUCUAACUUAUUGUGGUCUAUUUGUUUGUGGAUCAUGCUGUAUUUUGUUUGGAUUCCUGGAUAAAGCAGAACCAGGUUCCACUUUCCUUAUUCUUGCUAUUGCUGUGCGGAUCGUUGAAGGCUUAGGUGGAGGAGCCUACUACACAGCUAGUCCCGCCAUUGUAGUUUCGGAAUUCUCUGGAAGAACAACAACUGCAUUUGUUGGAGGCUAUGUUCUACCAUUUUUAGUGUUGGGUUUACUUUUGCUACUUUCUUCAGUCAUGAUAUUCUUCAUUCUGCCAGAUAUCGAGGAUGGAGUUUACACAAGUGCUGGAUACAAAAGUUUACUUCUAAAACCCAAGAUGGUGAUGUGUGUCAUGGUGCUCAUUAGUGGCUUUAUUUUCUUUGGGUACAAUGACGCCACCCUAGAACCCCAUCUCAGGAAGUUCAAUUUAACGCCAGCUGUUCUUGGAAUGAUAUUCGUUGCUGUUGGAGGAGUGUAUGCCUGUACUACACCGUUUUGGGGAUAUUUAUGUGAUAAAGGAUCAAACCCACGUUUGCUGUGUCUUGUAGGCUGUGUCAUCUGUUUUAUUAGUCUGCUUCUGGUGGGCCCGGUACCAUUCUUCAACUUUGAAGCUGACCUCUGGUUGAUCAUUCUUGCACUAUCCCUUCUAGGACUAGGACUGUCUGCAAAAUUGGUCUGCACCUUCGCGAUAGCAUUACAGGAUGCCACAGAUCGCGGCUUUCCCGACGACGUGUCUACUUACGGAAUGAUUGGUGGCUUGUUCGCAUGUGUGUCAUCAAUAGGUGCUUUCAUUGGACCUUCUUUGGGAGGCUAUCUUCUAGACACUACAGGAUAUGAAUAUGGUACGCUGGUACUUGUAACCCUCGAAGCUAUACUG